UGACGCUGGCAUCUCCACGUUAGGUACCGAAACACAGCGAACAGCGGACCACUGUCCGUCCUGCUCCGGUAGGGAGACGACACAGAGCCACUGACUCAGGACGUGACUGAUAGCGACUAGCAAAGUAUCUGCUUCCGAGAAGAUUUCCUCUGGGAAAAAGCGGAAAAACUGGAUGUUGGGGGGGAAGAAACCGUCAAAUAUUUGUAUUUUCUACAAGAGAGGUCGCGAGCUAAAACAGCCGUGUUCGCUUCUGCUGGAGGAGUCGGUCAAGUGCGGUGAACUUUGGGCUUAUCAUUUUCUUCUUUGAUAGUUUGCAACUUUCUCAGGGUAUAUGUAACUGCACUUUAUUCGACAUUAUCACGACGGGAGGUUAAUAUUAACCCACUGGAUUUGAACAUGUUCGCAGUUAAUGAUUUACUAAAAAGCGUUCUUGUGGUAGAUCCACUUUGCUGAUAGGCAUUUUGCUGGAGGCAUUGUGGCUCUUUUGUAAAGUGCACUUUCAAGGUUAGCCUGCUAAUAAUAACGCAACAACUUUGAUGUUGAUUAAAUGAGACGUGCGCUCUAGUGGGUUACUCCCGCUAGAGAUACAGCGCAGUAGGCUAAAGAAAGGUGAGACGGUGUGUAAACUGUGAAAAGAAAAAAAGAGAAAAAACUUAAAAGGAGAAAGCUGUAUGAGCACGUGAGACAACUCACCGACAUUUAUGGAGGGGCAGUUUCUAGCGCUGCUCUGACUGUAGAUCUGGAAUGGAGCUCUUUCCCAUGAUGCAAGUGCACUGUUGAGGACUGUCGUAGCAUUCUUGCUAGGGGAAUUAGUUUAAAAACUAGAAUUUGUUUGUUCGCUACCGCUUGAACUAGCAAUACUGCGGGUGAAAACUUGCAGAAGGCAUCUUGUUACACCGUCGGGAGAACGACGACUGAUUCCCCCCUCGCGCCCAGACCAUGGCCUCCACCUUAUGGAACAGCUGCUUCUCGUUGCUCUGGAGACGGACCUUCCUCGCGCUGUGGCUGUGUGCGCUCGUUGCGCGUGGAGCGGAGGAUGGCAGCGCCUUCAACUCAGAGGCGUGGCUGAGGAUGUACGGUUACCUGCCCCAGGCCAGCAGACAGAUGUCCACCAUGCGAUCAGCUCAGAUUCUGUCCAACGCAAUCAGCGACAUGCAGCGCUUCUACAGCCUGGAGGUCACUGGACAGAUGGACCCUCAAACCAUCAGUGCCAUGAAGAGACCCCGCUGCGGUGUGCCUGACAAGUUCGGAGGCCAGAUCAAAACCAACGUGCGGCGGAAGCGCUACGCCCUCACGGGACAUAAAUGGAACAAGAGCCACCUCACUUACAGUAUCCAAAACUACACUCCCAAGAUUGGAGAGUAUAACUCAUUUGAAGCCAUCCGUCGGGCCUUCAAAGUCUGGCAGAGUGUGACCCCAUUGACUUUUGACGAAAUUCCCUACCAGGAGAUCAAAUAUGGACGCCGCAAGGAGCCCGACAUUAUGAUCUUCUUCGCUUCGGGUUUCCAUGGAGACAGCUCUCCUUUUGAUGGGGAGGGAGGCUUCCUAGCCCAUGCCUACUUCCCUGGACCUGGAAUGGGUGGGGACACACACUUUGACUCCGAUGAACCAUGGACCAUAGGAAACCACAACGUACAAGGUAAUGACCUCUUCCUGGUGGCAGUCCACGAGCUGGGCCACGCCCUUGGUUUGGAGCACUCCAACAACCCCCUGGCCAUCAUGGCUCCCUUUUACCAAUGGAUGGAGACGGAGAACUUCCAGUUGCCUGACGACGACCUGCGGGGCAUACAGCAGAUCUAUGGUCAACCAGACAGUGGCCCCACCCAGGCCCUGCCCACCGUGACACCCCGUCGCCCAGAGCCCAGGCCGCCUCAAAUCCCACCUCGGCACCCUGACCGCCCCAAGACCACUGAAAGACCAGAUCACUAUGGACCCAAUAUCUGUGAAGGGAACUUUGACACGGUGGCUAUGCUCCGAGGAGAGAUGUUUGUUUUCAAGGGCCGUUGGUUCUGGCGGGUGCGUAGGAACAGGGUUCUGGAUAACUACCCCAUGCCCAUCGGUCACUUCUGGAGGGGUCUGCCUGGAGACAUAGACGCCGCCUAUGAGAGACACGACGGCAGGUUCGUCUUCUUUAAAGGUAACAGAUUCUGGCUUUUCAGGGAGGCUAACCUGGAACAGGGCUAUCCAUUGGAGCUGGUUGAUUAUGGUCAAGAUAUUCCCUACGACCGAAUAGACACAGCCAUCUGGUGGGAGCCAUCCGGCUUCACUUACUUCUUUCAAGGAGACAGGUACUGGCGCUUCAACGAGCAGUCACGCUUGGCUGACCGGGGCUACCCGAAACCAAUCAGCGUCUGGGGAGCGUCAGUGCCCUCCUCUCCCAAGGGGGCCUUCCUCAGCGAUGAUGGAGCCUACACCUUCUUCUACAAGGGUUCCAAGUACUGGAAGUUUGACAACCACCGCAUGAAGAGCGAGCCAGGCUACCCCAAGUCCAUCCUGAGAGACUUCAUGGGCUGCAGCGUGGACCUGGACCAAGACAGAGACACGGACACAGACGCCGGACGCAAAUACCCAGACGUGAACCGCCCGCCGUUCAACCCGGACGCAGACGGACGCGACGGCGACAAGGGCAAAGACCGCGAGGGGACGGACGGCGGCGGGACGGACAAAGACACGGGCAAAGGGUCGGACGGCGACAAAGACGAAGACGACCGCGAGGGACGCGAGGAGGACACCAACGAGGUGGACGUGGUGCUGAAGGUGGACGACAGCGAGGAGCGGACCAUGAACAUCCUGAUGGUGACCAUCCCGCUGGUCCUGCUGCUGUGCAUCCUGGGGCUGAUCUACGCCAUCAUCAACACGCUGCAGAGCAAAGGGGCGCCGCGGCUGCUGGUGCACUGCAAGCGCUCGCUGCAGGACUGGGUCUGACCCCUGACCUUAAGGGACACUGAACUAUAUGAACCUAAAGUUGGACCUUAGACACCACCCUCCUCUAAUCCAAGCCUCUUCCCAGCGACCCGUCUGUCUACAGUCUCUGUGCUCAGUGGCUCCCGCAAACUGUGGUAGUAGAUCCAAUAUCGUACUGACACACACACACACACACACACACACACACACACACUAGAAGCAAGCAUAGAUUAUGUCUUACUUAUACAUACCCCCACACACACCACCCUAAUCUCCUCCUGUCUCCCAUGGUGCUCUACAAUGCGUUGACUGUAGUCUAUUUAUAUGAGAGAAGUUUGCACAUUGUUUUUUUUCUUCAUGUUUUGGUUCAUUUUGUGUGACUUUAUGUUGUUGUUAUUAUUAUUUCUGAACCAGGAAGAGCGUUCUAUUCUCUCUCCCAUCUCUGCACCGCCUUCCUCCUUCCCCUGAUCUCAGUAGGGUCUUUGUCCUCGCCGCCGCCGCCGCCGACUCCACAUCUGCUUACAUUAUCACAGUUGCCGCAAAAGAAAGAAAUGCAAAGGGUUCGAAACGAGAAAGCCAUUUGUAGACAGACUACUACGCUUUAAGCAGGGCUCGGUAGCGUUCCUUCCCCCUUUCACCAUCGUUGUCUUCUCCUUCGUCUUGCUCCAUCUCUUCCCUUUGCUCUGCAGUACAGUGUGUCACACGGUGGGAGGUGAGCGAGAGAGAAACAGGGUUAAGUUACAACAGAUAUUUCGUGGCAGUUUACAUUCAGAGGUAUUUUGAGGCAUUGAGCCUGGAUAUUAUCCUCCCUUUGACUCCCUCUGACAGAGACUGGGCUGGGGGUGUAUCUCUGAAGGUUGGAGGAGAAUUUAGUAUGUCGUCAUACAGGCACCACUUUGGUUUUAAAGGAUAAUUCUAGUUUAUUACGACUUCAAUCUUAUUUUGAAUGGUAAUUUCAACAGUAACAAUAACACUGGACUCAUCAAGUGAAUUUCUGAGAUCUGGGAAUUAAAUUAAAAUAAAUUUAAGCUAUAGUGUCAAAUCAUAACAGGGGUUAUCUCACUUUACAGAUAGAGAAGGUCUAGGCCAAACUCUAUAAUUUACAGAGACCGAACAAAAAAUGAAGACAGACGGUAAAAUGAUUACCACAGACCGUCUGUUGUAAACAUUCAAGUUUACGUACCACCUUCCUGGUUCUACUUUGACCUACCACACUUGCCGUAGUUCUGUUCACACACAGCACACAUAUGUACAGCAAACUACACCCUCUGUCCUUAGACCCUCGAUUCGGAUAAGGAAACAAAACUUUAAUGGGGGAAAGAGCCACGGUAGCUUUUUCCUAGUGCUUACAGUCUUUAAGACAAGUACAAUGUUAUAAUAAUAGAUAGAAAUUGUCCCAAGUUGUAAUAAAUAAUAAUUAUCCUUUAAAUUCUGACUACAGAUGCCUUGUUUUCCUUCUGCUCACAUAGUUGGACAAUCGGUCUACCUUCUCUCUUUUCCUUAUUUGGAAACCAUUUAAAAACCUCUUUGGCUGAGAGGGUACUGACUUUAAAGGGGAUCUCUUCCCUUAACUUUCAUUUAUGUGGCUUCCCUUCAGUCAACAAUAAGACAUUUUCUUUCCUUUCUGCAAGAGAGGAGACAGACUAAUGGUUCAUUUAAAAAUGUCACCUCACUGUGAAAUAACACAAGAGAAAGGGCAUUCACUGCACAUCACUGUGUGUGUGUGUGUGUGUGUGUGUGUGUGUGUGUGUGUGUGUGUGUGUGUGUGUGUGUGUGACAUAAAACAAGAAAGGAACAAAGCAAAGCCAUGGCCUUAAACGUAGGAACAGGAUGUAACACCACACAUGUAACAGCAGCGGCAGGGGGCAGCUAACGUACCGUUUCUAACGGACUUUUUUUACUGCUAGUGUUUUGUUCAAAGGACAAUUUGAGGAACGUCACAGAUGAGCCGCGGUCUAUCUGUUGUAAAGAUAAUGUAGCUGUAAGCACCAGGGUGGGCUCGGGCCACGCAGGCUCUAAUCCUCUUCAUUAAAAAACAGCAGGUGUGUGCAAAUGCUGUUAACCCCCGCAACCCCUAAACUAAACCUUGAACUCCCAAAACACUCUCCACUCCCCUUUCAUCUCGCAAGAUCAGAGAUGGGUCGAAGGGGAGUGUGGGCACAGAAAGAAUGUCCAUCUUAACUACUCAUUAUAUCUUAAAAAUGUUUGAUGUAUUUUUUUCUGCUGUUCCUGGCAGCCAUUGAUUUCCAUUUAUUUUUGUAGAGAAUGAAAAUCACGCAAAUUAUUAAAAUGCAAAAAAUAAUUCACUUGGAUGGAUCAUACAACUCAACUACAAAGCAAGUGUUCUUUUAGAGUUUGCUUCAGUUUACUGUUUUUUAUACUGUACAGAAAUGAAUGGAAACUAAUGGCUGCCAUGGAGACAUACAUCGAAAAAACAAUGUUUAACUAAGAGUAAAACUAUUCAACAAAGAGAAGAUAAUUUCCCUUGACCCAUGUGAAUACAUGUUCAAUAAUGACAAACAAAGACAUUAACCCAUAUUUCUGCGGCAUAAGCAGCCCUUCAUUUUCAAGACAUUUAAAAUGUGUAGCGGCAGUGGAAAAUGUGAAAUGAUCUAAUCAUCGCUAGUUUCUAAAUAAAAAGUCUGAGUUUAAAAAAGCAGCCUGAUGAGGAGAUGAGAGAGAGAGUGUGUAGGAGUGGACGGCUUUAGAGUGCAACUUCACAUAUGAAUGGAAGGAAGGCUUAUCGGAGGUAGCAUUUGGAAGUAAGCUGCCAAUCUGACCAGAGGGGGCAUAGCUCAGCCGGCUCAUGUUACAGAUGUGGAAGGGGGUGGGGUGGCGGGGGGGUGAAGAGAGACUGAAUUUCUUGUUGCUGAGACAAGGGAAGGGGGAGGGAGGCUGACCCCUGACUUGCUAAGCUUGGAUCUCAGGAAUAAGGAGGGUGUAUAGAGAGAGAGACAGAGCAAGAGAGAGAGAGAGAGAGAGAAAGAACUUUGAUGGCUCUAUCCCGCUGGCAGUAGCUCAUUACCCAAAUUCUCCUGCUAUCUCAACAACAGUUCCUGCCAAAGAGGAAACUUUUGCUUACAAGACAGAGUUUUUUCAGCAAUACUUGCUGCAAGUGCUUCACUUGUAGUUGCGAAUAUACCCAGUUACAUGUAGCUAAGUGGGAUGUAACUAAGUACAUUUACUCAAGUACUUUACCUGAGUCUUUUCUUUUUGUGCCACUUUCUCCUUCUACUCCGCUCCAUUUGAGAGAGAAAUAUUGUACUUUUUACUCCACUACAUUCACCUGACAGCUGUAGUUACUUUACAAAACACAUGUAGUUUCUAAGAUACAAUGUCUUAUUAUAAAUUAAACUACAAUAUAACAAACUACAGUUGGCUACAACUGAUGAUGAUGAUGAUAAGUGAAGGAUCUUAAUACUUCUUCCACCACCGCUCACAGUGGCAGCUUCUUCCGUCCGCCGUUGACAGACAGUACCGAUACACAACACGGCUGUUCCGUUACCUCCCCUCCAGCUAGGUGCAGACAGGUUGAGGUGAGACACCCACGCAGACAGGCGGUAGAGUUAACAGGACACUUAACUGCAAGGAAGAAAAAGGAAGAACGUAAUAAGCCGUCACCAGAAGUCUAGAGAUUGAUCUGUGGCCAGUCAAUAGCUGUUGCCAGGAAACGGUGUCCUGUGUCCAUCGCUCACCUCCUCACCAUCAGGGUUUGGGGGGGGUGGUGGGGGGAGGGUUGACGGACGUAGCUAAUCAGCGUUAAAAGCACCCCCCUCCACCCCUCCUCUGUUCUCCCCUGUUCUUCCAUUGGUCCUCCAGGCCCAUCCGUGCUUAGACAGCCUAGUGUCUGGACAGGCUUAGAAAAUGUCGACUCAUUGUACUCGACACAGUAUUGUGUGUACGGAGUUCUCGUUCAUCAACCCCUCCUUUUCUCCACCGUGACUUCCACGCAGCAAUCCCACUGGGAGUUACCCACUUCAAAAGCUAAAAUAACCACUCAAAAGUAGAAAAAAAAUGAAGUGUACCAGAGUUUUCUUUAUUUGAAAAAACAGUUUCUGCGAUCCGGCAGCUCGAGAGAUUCUCUGUAGGGUGACACUGACAGGGAAUCCUUGUCUUAGGACAGCAAGCACAAGAGAAAACUAUUGAAAACGCUGGGAAAGAAAGCUGUCCACGCUGAUUGAUGCAUGUGUGUGUGUGUGUGUGUGUGUGUGUGUGUGUGUGUGUGUGUGUGUGUGUGUCGAGGUGUUUAGUUAAUCAGCUCUACUCUCCAUAAGCGAAGGCUGGUUUCCUGACUGUAAAUCUCCCACACUCUCUCUAUCACCCCCCCCCCCCCACACACACACACACACACUCAGCCCAGCCCUGCCCACUAAGCCCGAGGGGAUCAUAAUAACAACAAUGGCCUUCUCUCUCUCUCCCUCUCCCUCUCUCAGAAACACACUCUCUUUCUCCUGCGCCUAUUUUCCCUCUCCCUAAUACACACACACACACACAAACACGUUAUUGUCUUCCCCAACCUCACCUUCCUCCUCCCCCCUCCUUAGGAAACUAGUCCGGGCCAAGGUCCAGCCUCACACAGCAGAGCCUGUUUUUAGAUCCAGCAACAUCUAAUAAUGUGGAAGGAUUCACUUCCAAACACCGUACCUAAGUUAUUUUAUGGUCAUAUUGCCCCCUCCCCGUUUGUUUUGGAGUUCAUUGCCUCGAUGCAAAGUUGAGGUUAGGUUAGGGCAUCGCUGAGUUUCAUCUCUCUCAGGAUGGGUUUCUGUAAACACUGCAUGUGAAGCGUUCCUUAUUCAGCCCCGCUGUUUGCCUUUAUACCUUGCUCUUUUUUUUGUCUUUUGUUUUUUGUUUAUUUUAAUGAACAUCUCGGUUAAAAAAUCUCCACAAUCACUCAGAAGGCACGUACGCUUCUAGCCAUGCCUGCGCUCUCCACUCUGUGCACUUGUGUUGUGUUUUUCAGCUUCCUGAGGUCACCGCGUAUACCUGCACUUAAUAACGGCAAGCUUCAAAAAGUCAUUGCAUCAGCCCUGUGCAAAGUCUAGCUCGGCAGGGGAAAACCGGAUCAAUAAAUAACGGACUGAACAGGACAAAGGAGGAAAAAAAAAUAAAUAAAUAAAGAUCUGUCCAACGUGACAUGCAGUACGACUGUGUUCUGUUUCACUUCCACUUGGGUCAACCUUGUGGCUUAUUAUGGCUGGAACCCAAAAGGAUCGUGGGUUGUCCAGAUGCUUCUCUCUUUUCCCAGCGUGCAUCUCACCUUGCAUUGACCCCCCCUCCCCCCACACCAUCCACUCUGAAACCACUCAUUUUAGCACCACUCGGCUAACUCGACUGCACGCCCCGGGGGGGACGAGACAGAAAAGACAGCUGACAAAUGACUUUCAGCACCUGAGUGGGGACGAGUGCAUCGGAUCAGCUCUCACGGUGCUUCAGACAGGCAUUGGAAGUCUUGAGCGGCCCCCGCUGCUUUCAUCCACUAACCGCAGCUCCAGUAGAGAGUAGAGUCGGAUGGAUUCAGUUCUUUCUCACACUGACCGUCAGUAGUGGAACUUGGCAUCUCACACUUGGCCUCUCUUCAUUACUACCUGAGUAAUGGUUCAGUGACUUUCAGAAGAAAAAAAACUUAACCAUCGUCCUUGACUGGGAUAAGAAAAAAAAAAGCAGCAGUCAAUAAAAAACAGAUGAGGUUAUUGUUUAUCUUUGAUAAUUGUCUUUUUUUGAUUGUAUUUUGUGCUUUUUUUUGUCUCUCCAAACUUGAUAGGAUAUUUUUUUUGUUAAUAACAUUCCAAUUCUCUUUUUUUUUGUUGAUUGGUUGUUAGUGGGGUUUUUUUUCUGUAGAAAACGUAAGAUUUUAUACAUUUGUGUUGUUGUGUGUUCACCUCUAGUUGAGUGUGUUAACAAAGCCAUGCUGGGCAUGUACACAUUAAAAAUUGCUCUGAAAAUAUG